CCUACACUCUUCCAGAGCUUCUUCACUGUGUUGCUGGCCUUUGAAAGUUGACGCUUUCUUUUGUUCUCCGCAUCCCUAUCGAUACCCACCAUGGGUCAGAAACGGGUUCUGCUUCUCUGCGGUGAUUACAUGGAAGACUAUGAAGCGAUGGUUCCAUUUCAAGCAUUGCAAGCCUAUGGCGUAGCCGUCGAUGCCGUUUGUCCUGGAAAGAAAGCCGGUGAUGUCUGCCGCACCGCUGUUCAUCAGAUAUCUGUUUAUCAGACUUAUACUGAGGUUCGUGGUCACAAUUUUCAACUCAACGCGACGUUUGAUGAAGUCGAAGCCAAAAGCUAUGAUGGCUUAAUGCUACCGGGUGGAAGGGCGCCGGAGUAUCUUGCUCACGAUCCGAAUGUUGUGAAGUUAGUGACCGAAUUUAUGAAGUCUGGGAAGUUAAUCACUUCCAUUUGUCACGGCCAGUUGAUUCUGGCGGGUGCAGACGCAGUUAAAGGUCGCAAGUGCACGGCAUUUCCUGCAGUUAGAUCGGCUCUGGUUGCUGCUGGUGCUCACUGGGUUGAACCUGAGAGCUUGUCGUCGACUCUGGUUGAUGGUAAUCUCAUCACUGCAGCUACAUAUUAUGGGCAUGCGGAGUUUAUUCGCCAUAUUGUGAAGGCGUUAGGAGGCAACAUAAGUGGCUCCAAUAAAAGGAUUUUGUUUCUUUGUGGGGAUUUCAUGGAAGAUUAUGAGGUAGCCGUACCUUUUCAAUCUCUUCAGGCUCUAGGAUGCGUGGUUGAUGCAGUUUGCCCCAAGAAAAAGGCUGGUGAUACUUGCCCGACUGCCAUUCAUGACUUUGAAGGCGAUCAAACUUACAGUGAGAAGCCAGGACAUGACUUUGCCUUAAAUGCAACCUAUGAUGAUGUGGAUGCCUCGAGCUAUGAUGCUCUUGUCAUACCUGGAGGCCGAUCCCCCGAGUAUUUGGCAUUGAAUGAGUCAGUUAUUGCCUUGGUGAAGCAUUUCAUGGAAAAGAAGAAGCCAGUGGCAUCUAUUUGCCAUGGGCAACAGAUUUUAGCUGCUGCUGAUGUUCUGAAGGGAAGAAAAUGUACGGCAUAUCCGGCUGUGAAGCUUAAUGUGGUUCUAUCAGGAGCGACUUGGUUGGAACCUGAUCCAAUACACCGCUGCUUCACUGAUGGAAGUUUAGUAACUGGAGCUGCAUGGCCAGGGCAUCCUGAGUUCAUUUCUCAGCUGAUGGUUCUCCUUGGUAUUCUUGUAUCUUUCUAGUUGUAUUUUUGUACCAUGAGUGUAUACUUGGUACUGACUAUCUUUCUACUUGUUACUAUCUAUGCAUGCGUGUUCAGAUGUCCACAAAAGUCUUGUGAAGUGUGCGCUAUGUGAGUCUAAUGUUAUGUGGCUUUGAGAACAAUUGAGUUGUAUAUAAUGGAAUAAAGUCGCCAUCUUUCUUUCUGUACAAUCCGUUGCCUUGGCUAGAAGUAAUAUUUUUAGAUGGCUAUUUGGAUGGUUUGCUGAACAACAUUUUCCCAUCUUAGCAUAAAAUAAAUGUCUCUAGGUUGAA